CUGGGGGUCUGGGUUCUAGAGUUUGCUGCCCCUGCGCCCUGCACCCCCUGAAGGCACACCUGAGCUCCUCAGCCGGGUGGGGGACAGAGGGCCAGAGGCCUAGCUGGGCCGCCUUGCCCAGCUCCCCCUCUCCCCCGCUACUUCCCCAUCCACUGUGACCCCAGAAGACAUGACACCCUUUCAGAGGCGACAAGGCCUCUCCCGUCAUGGGGUGCCCCUCAGAAGUCCACAGGCACCAGCGGGCCGAACGCUGACCCUCGGCCUUGCCACAGUCCUGAGUCCCCACCCGCCUCCGCAGGCCUCACCCCUCGCUGGGCACACCCUGGAGCCUCCUCCAAAUGCACCAGGCAUCCCCCAGGCGCACCUUCCUCCCUCUCCCUCCAGCCAGCGACCCCCAGUCACCUCCUCCCGGAAGGCCUGGGGUUAUGAGCCUAAAAUGGCUCUUACUCAUCUCUCUCUCUACCCCCAAGCCUGGCCCAAGACUUGGCACCAGGAAGGAUCUUAGUAGGUGGGUGGGUGGGUGAGCAGGUGAGCGGAUGGCAGGGACAGGAUUCGGGGCCAGUCGGCUGGCUCUGCAGACCUUUGCUGUGGGCUCUCGGGAGGUCCCUGGCCUGUGCUGUUGUGCCUCAUUUGCCAACCCAGCGGCUGGAAGAGGCUAACCCAGCUCAAAAGGUCACCAGUCCCGGGGUGACCCUGCAGGCUGGGUGGCCCUCGCCAGCCUCUCGGAGCCUCUGGGCCCCCGUGACGGCUCCACGCCUCCGGGAAUGCCCGCACCAUGCUGAAUUAGCCCUCAGUGAGGUGCGCGGCCCUGACCGGAGCCAGCGGGCAUGGUGCCCACAGCUGAGGUUCCGAGGUUCCGAGGUUCCCGGGGAUGAGGCAACUGUCACCCGGGCUGGGGUGUGCUGAGCAGCGCCUCGUGAACCAGGUCGGGGGAUCAAGUAUGACAGAGGCAGCUGAGGGACACUGAGGCCUCCAGACAUCGACCAGGUGAGGCCCCAACUCUCCAGGGGUGACGGACUGGAAAUGAGCACCUGUGGGAGACCUGGGGACCCCUGACAGCAGACCGCAAGGGGCUGUCUCUCAGCCUCCUGGGGCCUGCUGCUGGGCCCUGGGUGGAGCCCCUGUACGUGAGGCUGUCCCAGGGGUCUUGGUGCUGUCUGGGCCAGGCACCCGCGACCCCGGCGGCGAGAACCCCGGCCCCUGACUGAGCGGACCCCCCUGCUCACAGAGCUGUGUUAGGAAAUCACCCCAGAUCUGCUUCCAGAAUGAGUCAGGAACCUCCCAGGGGCCAAAAAUAGUCCCAGGGACCCCUGACAAGGACACAGACAUCUCUCAGAGUGUCUGAAAGCAGAACUGGCCUUCACCAUUCGAGCUCCAGAGCCCACAGGCCGCCCGCCCUCUUGUCCCGUGACGCAGGGGCCUGGGGCGCCUGGCCCUGACCCUCGGGCGCCUGCCCCAAGCCCAGAACCUCCCGGAACCCUGAGCUUGACCUUCCCGUGGAGACACAUGGCCAGAUUGCCCCACCCCCCGAAUUUGAAUUCUUUUUCAUCUUUCACAUCUUUUCUAUAAAAGCAACAAUACGUGUUCCCUGAACGAAAAUCUGAAAAAUGCAGAAAAGUCAAAAUAAGGAAGAAAAAUCACCACCCACAGCCCCGCCACCCAAAGACAAUCAUUGUUAAGUGUGAUGUAUUUCCUUCCAUAGUGUUUGCCGAGGGGAUUUUUUAACGUGGCUGAGAUCAUGCUGUAUAUUAAAAGGAAACAACAGCUCUCGUAUCCUGCCUGGGGCUUGCCGCUAUUUCUGGGUGACAUUCUCGGCAGUCCCGUUUCUUUUUCCUUCUCUCUGUGCCUCAUGCUGAUUGGCUGCCUGCUAUUUUGUCCAGUGGAAGUUCCAUAGUUUAUUUAGCCAUCCCCUGACUGGUGAACGUAUCAGUUAUUUCCAGUUUUUUUUGUGUUAUUUAUAAUAUAUUUUGAUAGAUCUUUGUACGAAAGCUCUCCUUUUUCCAUGGUCAGGGCUGUCGCUGUCUCCUUGCCUGGAAUGGAAUUACUGGGUCCCAGAUGUUGCUGACACGGGAGGUCCACUAGCUUUCCAGGGGGCUUGGGCCAUUCGACAGAGGGGCGAAGAGAAGUCUCAGAGGGGCCGUGACCCGUCCACUGUUACUCGGCUGCUCGCGAUGCCAAGGUCCUUCCCCUGUUCUUCGCGCAUCCCUCCGGUCAUCCCUCCAGUCAUCCCUCUGGUCACCCCUCCGGUCACCCCUCCGGUCAUCCCUCCGGUCACCCCUCCGGUCACCCCUCCGGUCACCCCUCCGGUCACCCCUCCGGUCAUCCCUCUGGUCAUCCCUCCAUGCAUUCAACAGAUAAGUGCACCUAAGUUUUGCCAGGUGCAGGCAGGUCGAACCCCUGGAGAUCCUGCAGUGAAUAAAACAACAAAUAAUAAAAUGACCUUCGCUCAAAGUCCUUCCACCCCAAGGGUUCGGAGGAAAGCAGCGAACGGCAGGGUGCCGCUGGGCUGUGCAAAUCCAGCUGAAGCCCGGAGGUCGGUGACUUGCAUCUCAGUGGGGAGGCAGAGGGUGACCUCUGUCCCGAAGGUGGCCCAGCUCGUGCAGGCUAAGAAAGGGACAGAGCAGAGGCUGCAGGACAGUGGGUGACCUAGGAGGCCAGCACCAGCAUAGCCAGCUCUGCGAACACCAGGUGACCUGGACACCCCUAACCUCUCCGUGCCUCCGUUUCCUCACCUCUAAGACAGACGGUCACGGAGCGCUCCCCUCUGUCACGGUGACGCUCGCUGGCGGGAAGCAGCCUGGUGUGGUGCCCAGUAGGUGCUCAGCGUUCCCCGGGCGAGCAGCCGAGAGGGAGCAGCGGAGAGAGAACCUCGCUGGCGCCUGGCUCCCUGCCCGGUACCUGGUCCUCACGUCUCACCCCUGUGGCCUCCGUGCUGCAGAGGUGCCCCCCACUUCCCGGGAGCCUGUGGUGUGCAGGGGCCGAACAAGAGGGCUUUGAGGCGGCCCUAUCUCCGGAGGGAAGUGGAGGCGAUAACGCAGCUUCUCACUUUCCCAGCCUGUCCUGGAGCCGAGAUAACGGGGGGAGGAGGGAUGCCGGAGCCCUGCUGGCAACAGGGCCACCCACCUGACCCCCAGGUCUCCCACCACCCCCCUAUCACAGACUCCUGAAACCCGAGGACCAGCUCGGAAGAGGCAGCGAGGCCGGCAGACGAUAAGCCCCCAGUGCUGGUGGGGAGCGGGACAAGUCUCCAGCGCCCCCGGAGCGACCUGUGUGCCUGGGCUCCCUUCCUGGGUCCACCCUCUCUGCCCAGGAGCUCACCUGACCCUCGGCUGCUCUCCAGAGCUGCCCUAGGACACAGCCCCCGCCGGAGGCCUUGUGCUGACCCCAGGCCCUCCCGAAGCUCUCUGGCCAACCAGGGAAGAAGCUCGGGGGCUGUCGCCCAACUUAGCAGCAUCUUAACAGCAACCCAAGCGAACCUGCAGCCCAGCUCCCCCGGGCAGGCUGUGCAUUCCCCUCCAGCACCCCCUCCAGCACCCCCCUCCUCACCCUCCCACCCUGGUCAGGCCUCGGAAGAAGGGUCACAGGGGUGUAGAACAGAGAAGGGGCUGCGUGUGGUGGGGGAGAGCCAGAACCGGACACAGGACCCCAGGCUUUACCCCCAGCUCUGCAAUGAAUGCCCUGGGGCACCUUGGCACAUCCCAGCACCCCUCUGCCCCUCCAUCUCCAGACGGGGUGACUCUGGUUUUACCAUAAAGGAUGCAAAGUGGCUCAAAGAACUAAACCCGUUCAGGGCCUUUGGAAGUGCCCAGGCCUCGUGUCCCUGCUGCGCUCCCUGGAGGCCGCUCUCCUGGCAGCCCCGGAAGGGCAGGCCGGUGUCGUCCGUCCCAGCAUGACCCGGGCCCAGGCGGCCACACUCUGCAAGCUCCCUGGGACUGUACCCACGUGUGGCCAGUGCUUCUCUUGGGAGAACAUUUUCUCGGCAUCGUCACAGAUGUAUGUUCACAUAUGCACGGCUAGGAGGCACAUGAAGAAGUGCCCGCAUGGCCAGGGCUAGAGAAAGAAAGUUCACGAUAAACUGGCCCCUCACUCCCAGUGGACGGCUGAAAUCACAAUCCCAAGCUCUGGGGAGGACCGAGAGCCACUGACCCCUCGCCACGGCUGAUGGGAUGCAAGCUGAUUCGGCCACCUGGAAAGAGCUGACUGGCCCCAGAAAGCCAGCUGCUCCCUGACCGGGGACACCCACGCGAGAGAGGGAGGCACAUGCCCACGUGAUGACGUGUCAGGACUGUCCCCACAGCGUCUUUUCAACUGUCUGCCAGUGGCACCCAGCCCAGGCUCCCUCCACAGAUGAGCUGGAAAGGAGAUGUGGUCCAUCCACGUGUGGAAUAUUAUUCAGCCAGAAACAGGAACAAGGUGCUGACACACCCACAGACUUACUUGAGCGGAAGCCGCCGCAGACCACACACCACACCGCAGCAUGCUCACGGGGCAGGGCCCGGAGGGUGGUGCCGGGGAGGGCGACUGGGCUGCUGCCGGCUGCGGGUGUCUCUGGGGCGGUGUCGGAAGCCAGGUGGUGGCGCUGACUGCGCAGUCAGUCCGGGGGUGCACGGCACAGCCCACCCAGGCCCGUGGAAACACCCAGAUGGCUGGAGCUGGGGUGCAGGCUCAGCCCCUGGGCGUUGCCUUGGCUCUUGUGCGCCACCUGACAGCCCCGUGAGGUGCGCGUUUGGCAUAUGCAGGGAGCGAGGUCGAGAAGUGGGGUCGCUGGCACUGGAAGUAAUGGCGGCACGAUGCCUCCCUGGCCUUCAUAGAGGGGGCGGGCUGGGGGCCCUGGAGCUGCCUUUGCGGGUGACAAGCUCUGUGAUAGGCUCCCCUGGGCCUCUCACCCUUCCCCUCCAGGCCCGUCUUCCAUCUGUCAAAAGCGCUGCAUCCCUAGUUUCCAAGCUGUGUUCUGAGGCACCUGAGCUAAGAAGGGAGCUCAGCUGCCCUGGGGAAAGGGGGCCCCUGAAGCCUCCGGGGACCCCACCCCGCCCUUGCCCCCCCUUCAGGCCUGGCCUCCCCUGGAAGGCAGGAUGUGGCUGCCAAUGUAGGUGGGGAAGAGGAAGGCGUGGGGGGCCGUGCUCAGGAUCCACAUCCCGGGGCCUCGGAGAUGGGAACUCCAGGUGUCUAGAGCCCAGUUUCCGGCUCCGGCCGAGUGAAGAAGCCGUGGGCAGCUGCCUCCCAGGACACAGCGCUGGCUCGGAGCCCAGAGCCCUUCCGGGACAUGAUGCCUGCUCUUCGCUUCCUUGCUCUGGGGGGGCGCUCUGGAGCCUCUCCUCAGGGCCUGGGUCCCUAGGCCUGGAUUAGCCAAGUUUCCUGGGCUCACCUGAGUUCUAGACACAUCAGAGGGUGAAGCUGGGGACCCUGCCCUUGUUGAGUUCAUCAACCCCCCGUCAUGUUUGCAGAAGUCCAACCCCAGCCGUCAAACACUCCCGAGAAGGAGGCUGACAAGAUGGGGCAGGAAGGCGAGUGAGCAACAGGGAGUGGUGAGGACUGUGGCCAAGUAGGGCAUCUUCCUGAGCAGGCCACAGUUACUUGGUUACAGCUGCCAGAUUUCUGGUUUUUCAAGAGAAGCCAAAGAUCUGGAUUUCAAUGGGAAAUCUCCAAAUUUGGAAGGCAAAACACAUCCUUGAACAAGACAUCACCUGUGGCCACAGUUAGCAACAUUAUCUCAUGGAUGGAGUCCACUGCCAACCUGCAGGGAGAAAAUGGGGGCUCAGGGAGCCCAGACUCAGGCCUGGUCUCUCCUUCCACGCCCCAGGAAGGACAGGCGCCUGAAGCUGCUCCUCUGUUUAAACAAACAAAUAAACAAAGGAGUCUUCCUUCACAGUGCUGUGAGAUAAAGGGUGGCCCAUCCCAGGCACAGCAAAGGAGGAGGAAGCUACUUCGGUCCUGAUACCGUCCUCCUCGCUGUGCGCCAGAGGGCAGCCGCUGGGGGCGUGUGCCCAAGACCAAGGAAGAAUGGGAAUCUAUCUUUAUGUGGAUCUGUACCGGCGGCUGGGAGAAGGCUCAGGAAGCGGCUGGGCCGGGUGGGAGCAGAGCUGUUUGCUGCAAACCCUUUGACAUAUUUCAAUUGUUGGACACGUGCGUGUGUUCACUCUUCAGCGAGUAAAAAGGGCUUUUUGUUGUAAUCUCCCGUCUUCUGUCCCGAGGCAUCCUCUGGAGCUGAGACAUGGAGGGGCAAUUGUGGGUGUC